AUGUCGGAUGUGUCGAACUCCUUCUCAGCUUCGGAGACCCUGCCGGAGGACGAACCUCCGCUGUGCAUCGCAGUUCGACGCCCAGUGUCACCUUCACGCCACUAUGAGGCGGAUCUUGCUGACAGCGAUGCAGGAGGCUAUCGUUGCGCGAUCGUCAAUCCUCAUGGGAAAGGAAACGCGAAUUUUAAUUUAAAGCUCACAGGUUUCUCUUCUCCUACUUUCGUAGAGAAACCACAGAUAUCUUCGCGUGAUGAUGGACAAGUAAUGGUCAUGGAAUUUCGCGCUAAGUCAAUUCUCAAGCCGACUUUUGUUUGGCACAAGGGUGAUGAAAUUGUGGCUCAGUCGGAUAGAGUGAACAUAGUUUUGAGGGAAGAGGCCAACCAGAUCUACUAUGCUGCUCUAGAGAUCAAGGAACCUACGAAAGAGAAGGAUGCUGGCCAAUUCAUAUGCACGGCUAAGAACGAUUCUGGAAAGCUUACUGCCACGUUCACCGUGAAGUUUGAAGUACCACAAGGAGCUCCUACUUUCACUCGAAAACCUCAAAUUCUCCAAGUCACCUCGGAUUCGGGUGACCCAGCCAUAGUUUUUGACAUUGGGUAUCAAGCCGACCGCAAUCCUGAGGUUAUGUGGAUCAAUCCUAAAGGAAAGAAAAUGAAGGAAUCGACGCGAAUCCGCUUCCUCACUACUCCGGACGGACCUAACAAUACCUUCACUGCCAAAUUGGAGCUCAAAAACUACAAAGCGAAGGAUUCGGGAACAUACACAUGCAACAUUAAAAAUGAGGCUGGCGAGGCAAACGUUGAGCUGACGCUAAAUAUCGAAGGACCAAUGGACGACGGAGGUGAUGAUGGAAGCGAAGCUUAA